CUCUUGUACACCAUCGUUUUUGGCGUCGAGCCCGUUCCAGACCUGCGGAGGCAGCUCGAGGCCGCGCCGACGCGGCCGUUCAACGGCCUUUUGCACGCGUUCAUUGUCGUCCUGGGGCGGUCUAGCUAUGCAGAUCCGCCAGAGUGGAUCGAGAACGGGGAUAAACUCGAGAUGGACCAGCUGAUAGACAUGUCCAGGGAGCUGCUGGAGCUGGUCGUUGGCGGUCCCGAAGGUGACAGUAUAUGGGGGACGUAUCAGGAUGACGAUGAUCCUACCGAGGUUGAUGACGAAGAGGCUCAGGCGCGUCUGCUUGAUGCUAAUGAGCUGUAG